CGAAUAAUUCGUCUGCAACUCUGAAUCGUUAAUUUAUUGAUAAUUUUCCAGGAUUUCCAGUUUCCAUUUCUCUUGUGUUCAAUUCACGACAGAUCGAAACCCUUGAGAGUUAACAACCAAGUAGAAAAGGGAUGGUGGAUGCAGUCGUUUCUGUCUUCUUGGAUAAACUAUUUAUUGCUCUUCAGGAGCAUAGCCGCAUUGUUACUGAAUUUAGAGACCAGUUUGAUAGGCUCAAGGGUGAGCUGCAGCUCAUGCAAAGCUUCCUCAGAGAUGUAGACAGGCUGAAGAGAAAACAUCAGAGUGUCCGCACGAUUACAGUUCGUCUGCGAGAGUUGGUUUAUGAAGCUGAAGACAUACUUGCAGAUUGCCGGGUGAGAUCCAAUGAAGACGAAGAAGUUUCCACUACGUGUUUGAAGUGCUUCUCCCCUUUGGAUCUGCCUUUCCAUUACCAAACCGGAAAGCGCCUCAGGGAAAUCAAUGAGGAAAUAACUGUUAUCAAACAGAACAUCUCUUCUUACCUUGGCGUAACCAUCUUACCUCCAACAGGUAGUGCGGAAGCGUAUAGCCAUGAAAUGUCUAGAUGGAGCUCUCCUGUCUACGACCAUACCCAGGUGGUGGGAUUGGAAGCUGACACACAGAAGCUAAAAGAGUGGCUAUUUGAAGCAAAUAGUGGCCUUCUUGCCAUCGGGAUUGUUGGCAUGGGUGGAUUGGGUAAAACCACUACGGCUCAGAAGGUUUUCAACGACAGGGAAGUGGAAAACCACUUUGACAGGAGGAUGUGGGUUUCUGUCUCUCAGACAUUCACUGAAGAACAAAUAUUGAGAAGUAUGCUAAAGCACUUGGGAGAUGCUAGUGUUGGAGAUGAUCGAGGCGAACUGUUGAGGAAAAUAAACCAGUAUCUUCAAGGCCAGAGGUAUUUGAUUGUGAUGGAUGAUGUCUGGAGAGAAGAUAGUGACUGGUGGCAACGAAUUUGUCAUGGGUUGCCAAAGGGAAAUGGUGGCAGUGUCAUUAUCACUACUAGAAUAGAGAAAGUUGCUCGAAAGAUGGGAGUGACAGAAGCGAGAAUCCAUUGUCCGAAAUUUCUGAGUGAAAAUGAUAGUUGGUUGUUGUUUCGUAAGGUAGCCUUUGCAGCAAGUGGGGGUGAGUGUGGUUACCCUGAAUUGGAGAGUGUCGGUAAGGAGAUUGUGGAGAAAUGCAAGGGACUUCCUCUAGCCAUCAAGGCAGUGGGAGGAAUCAUGCUCUGUAAGUUGCCUUACUAUGAUGAAUGGAGGAGAAUUGCGGAAAAUUUCCGUGAAGAGUUGGCAGAGAACGAUGACUCGGUUAUGGCUUCAUUGCAAUUAAGCUAUGAUGAGCUCCCCUCUUAUCUAAAAUCGUGCUUCCUCUGUUUUUCUCUCUAUCCUGAGGAUUGUGUCAUUACCAAAGAACAGCUAGUCCAUUGGUGGAUUGGUGAGGGUUUUGUUCUUGUGAGGAAUGGUCGAUUAACAACAGUGGCAGCAGAAGAUUGUUUUUCAGGGCUUACAAAUCGAUGUUUGGUAGAAGUAGUUGAUAAGACUUACAAUGGGAUUGCAUACACAUGCAAGAUUCAUGAUAUGGUUCGUGAUUUAUUGAUCAAAAUGAUGAAGGAUGAUGAGUCAAAUGGAGCUAGUAGCCAUCAUUUGGGUCUUCGAAGUGGGCGCCUUUAUACCAAUUCGAAGCUGCGGGCAUUGCUGUCCACAACUAAGACUGGUGAAGUCAACAAGUUCACUUCAGCUGUGGCAAAGAAGUUCUCUGAGUGCCGAUACUUAAGGGUAUUGGAUCUUUCAAAAUCAAUCUUUGAAACACAUCUACCAAGUCUACUGGAUCAAAUUGGGUUGCUUCAACAUUUAACUUACCUCAGUUUAAGCAACACCCACCCAUUGGUUCAACUUCCUCAUUCUCUGGAGAAGCUCAGUAACCUUGAAAUACUGGAUGUAAGUUAUUGCCAUAAUCUGAAAAUACUUCCAUCAUUCAUCACAACUUUGGAGAAGCUCACCAUCUUAGAUGUAAGUUAUUGUGGGUCACUUGAAUACUUGCCCAAAGGGUUGGGAAGGCUUUCAAAUCUUCAAGAGUUGCUGGGGUUUAGACCUGCCAGAUCAAACCAAUUAGAAGGGUGUUGUCUUGCAGAGUUGAAGAGCUUGAUCCGACUCAGAAAGCUAGAAUUACGAUUAACAAGGGGCGAUGAGAUUGGAGAUGAUGAGGUGAAUGUUCUGUUACAUCUUCAACAAUUGCAAUUUCUAACCAUAAGUUGUUUUGACAGUCAUGGUUGUGAUCUUGUGGCAAAGAUGGAUAAACUCUCUCCUCCUCAACAACUUCAUGAGCUUCGUCUCAAGUUCUUUCCAGGGGAGAUGAGUCCGACUUGGCUCAACCCUAUUUCACUUCCAAUGCUACGGUAUCUCUCUAUCUGUUCAGGAAAUAUGGCAAAAAUGAAUCAGAGAUUUUGGGGUACAGCAGCUUCUGUCUGGAAGAUAGAGGGCUUAAUGUUAGAGUCCUUAUCAGAUUUAGAAGGGAAGUGGUCAGCAGUUCAUCAAGCGAUGCCUUCCCUUAGAAUUGUGACCGUUUCUUGGUGUCCGAAGUUGGAAUCUUUCCCAAUUGAAGAUGUUGUAUUUAGAGGAGGGGUGUGGAAGAAGGAAGAACAGAGGAUAUAGAAAAUACAUGGUUUAGGGUUGAAAGUGUCAUUGCAAUUUAUCAUUUUUCUUUGCAUUGUAGUGUUAUUGUUAUUCAUAAUUUAUAUGUUUAAUCUAUUUCAGAAUUUGGACUGAAAGCUUCCAAAACUAGGAGA